CCCGCGUUUUCCUUGGCUUUUUGUUUCAAAUGAAAAAGCAUUGCUACUUUUCAAAGAGCAAACAAUAAUAUGGGCAAAAGAGAGUUACCAACAAGGCAUAACUUUCUGACAGAAGCCAUACAAGAAUUAUUAGAAUCAAAGGUGACGGAUAAUGAACGUUUGAUCGAUCAGCGUGCCAUCUUAACCAUUACAUCCAACACUGACUUGAUCAAAGAAUAUCCUUAUGACAACACACCAAUACUGCCUUCUCAUUUGUCUAAUGAUUCGACGCCUACUUCAUCCUCUCCUACCACACCCAACCGAUCAGCAGCAGUAACUGCAGCAGAGAGAAAAGCAGUCGAGAUCAAACAGAUACCAGACGUACGUAUUAUUGAGCCUAUAACACGAAGAAGUCUCAAGCAGCAUAAAGCGAAAGCUAGAAAAGCAUUGACGAAAAAAACGCCCAAAGAUGGAAAGGAUACAGAGGCAACACCAUCCAACGGUACAGCAGUGAAAGUCGAUGAUAUGGACGGUGUUGAUGAUGAAGAAGAAGAGAUAUCCGAUGAGUUCUAUUUGAAGAGACAUCGAAGGCACGAAAUGGAAGAGAAAAAACAAAAAAAUCGUGAAAAAGAAAUGUUACGACAUGGCUAUUAUCAACAAAAACAACUAGUUGAACGUAUAAAGUCUAUGGAUAAAAUUGUGUUGCAAUCUAUCGUCUCAUCCAUACGUCAUCGGACCAGCAGUCAGCAGCAGUCAAAUAAAGAACAAGGCAAGGGAAAGACAAACACAGUGGCAGGAAAGAAGAAACAGGAACAGCAACAACAACUGUCUGAAGAGAAUGUUAGUAACACCAAUAAGAAGGCGGACGAAGAAGAUUAUUUAGACAACCUGCAUCAGAGGUUAUUGUAUGAUGCUUUGGAGCAUUUGAGAAGAUAUGAGUUGUUAGGCUUCAGUUCUGGGGUCAGCAAUAAUAUAAACACAGCUUCUUCAUACCAACAGUCAAACCAUCAUCAAAGUAGUAGCGCGUAUCAUAUAGCCAAUGAUUUUAGAGAAGAGGUGGAAGAGCAAGAGGAAAGAAAUGAACAAGAGCAGAAUCAGGAAGAUGAGAAAGAGAAACCUGAUAAUAAUGAUACAACAGUAACUGAAAAAUCGAAAACGUCUCCUGAUGACGCUGUUACAGUCAGUGACGAUAGUAGGAAAAAGAGAAUAAACAUCAGUAAGGAUUUCAAAGAGGCUUUGGAAAUGGAAGAAAGAGUUCAAGGAUCAAGAAGAAUAGGAACCUUUGGAGGCAAUCCCAUUUUGACGGGCGGCGGUCGCGGCAUGACAGGUUCGCGUCGUUCAACCCGUCAUGUAUUAGCAUUCGGGCAUAAAGUACCAGAUUUUGAAAUUGAGGAAUUUGAAUUGCCUCGUUAUAUUGUUGAAGAUUGGAAGGCGUCAGCGUUGGAGCAAAAGCGAAAAAAGACACGGAAGAGUAGCAAUCCUUCGGAUACCGAAGGAGAGAAGCAAUCCCUCCCGUAGAUCAGCCUCUAUACGUACCUAUAGUUCAUUUUUCCAUCACACAUAUUUAAAGACAUGGUUCAUUUUCUUUUUUCUCCAUAGGCUGCUGCCAUUACUUAAUUUUAUUUGU